CUGGGCUCACAUAUAACCAGAAAAAAAACUCUUUCCAGCAUAACACUCUGGAAGAAACAAAAAGCCUCUAGCAUUGUGAGAACUGAAUACCUUUCAGAGGACAUUAUUUUUACUGCGAAACAAGAACUCAAGCAACAACAUCAGGAUGUCCAACAACAAGAAAACACAAGCAACUUCAUUUUACAAUGAACCAGUGAUGGAGGAACUGUACACUGGAUACCUGCUCAAGUCCCCCCCUGAAACAGCUCUGACUAAAACCACUAAAUCAUGGAAGAAUCGUUUCUUUGUGCUCUCCAAAACGGGUGAAGACUACCAGCUGACAUAUCAUGAAAAACACGAAAAGAGAGACAAGCCUUUGGGAGCGAUAGACAUUUCUAAAAUCAGCUUGCUGUUCACUAGCCCUGAGGCACAUCAGAAGUGGCACUGGAUCCAGAAAAACUUCAAGUGUUCUCCAUCCGUCGUGCUAUUUUUAAAGGUGGAAGAUGACACACCAAAACAAGCUAGAGAAUAUUUCCUCAUUGGAGAAAACAGGGAUGAAGUGGAUGGUUGGCUCAAUGCCUUAAUCAAGGCAAUGACGACCCAGAAAUCACAAAAUAAACUGCGACAUACAGACGAUACUCAGGACAAGAGAUUUAGAUCAAAGUCUGUACCUGUGAACUAUUUAGAACCAAAGGACAACAGAUGUUCAGCAUUUGAAUUAACUUCACAACAAUACAAUCAUUCUGGCAAUCCUCGCAAGCUCAGUGAACCUCCAGUACCAGUAACACGCAAGAUUACAGUUAUUGAGGAAAAAGAUGAGAAGGACGGGAAGCAGGAUGAACCUCCAGGGGACAACAGUCAAUACAUGACCAUGGGAUCAGUGAAAAUGGUGUUGGAAGAUGACAAACAGGAGGAUGACACUACAUGCAAACAGAAAAGUGAAACACACACACGUGGAGAGAAGGAGAUCUGCGUUAGUCAAAAUGAGCUGAAAAACAGUCCGAUCUUGACACAGGAAGGCAAACCAUGUGUGUCUCAGUGUCGUCAGAUUCAGGACUCGAGAGGGGAUCAGAUCCUGGCCACAGACACAGUAAAAGAUAUUCAGAAAUGCUUAAAAAAACUAAGCGUGGACGAGGCAAAACUCCUAGUUAAGCGGUAUCCAAGCCUCUUUCUGAACCCUGGCCACCACACUGAGGACAUGAAACAAAAUCCAUUGCAAAUUCUCUCAUCCCCAUAAAAAUAUUCGAAAUGUUGUACACGUCUAAUUUAAGGUCAAAGGGUCAUUUGCUCAUACAGGUAGAAAACAAGGCACUACUGAGUAACAGAAGAGGCAAUCCGGUUAUCUAAAGUACCUUAUUCUCUUUUGCAUGUACAUUAAUCAUCUAAAUAUGUAUUUUAAAAAAAUGUCAUAUGUACAUGAAAUUACAUGAGUGACAGUGGGUACUUUAUUUAUAUGUUGGAAGCAGAAGAGUAAAGUAUUACUUCAUAACAAGAGUUACUCCACAGUGAAAAACUAGUUUUGCAAUGUUUAACUGUUCAUAUAUUUUAAACAGUAUGAGAAUUUUGUGUACUAUGUAUGUACAUAAAACAAUUCUGUCAUUGUGUAUUCUUUAUUUGUUUUGCAAUGCAUGUAACCAGUGACACACUGCUCCCAAUCAUUAUGCAUUGGUUUAAAUGUUUGUCACUCAACAUGAAGGUUUCUGAACAACAGUAAGUAUAGCCUAUAUAAAAUAUAUGAAUUAUGCUUUCGAAAAGCAUGCAUCUUGCACAUUGUUACACUGUGAAGUGUUAUUAAACUUACCAUUU